AUGCUGCCCAACAACGAGGUCCGCGUUCCUCGGGCGCGGGUUGCGCAGCCCGCCCGGGACAUCACCGCCGAUUUUACUGAAGCCGCCGCAAAGAUUAAACCCGGGAAGCUCGUCAAGGAUGAGCUCUUUACGCUUUUUGAGGCCGUCGGGGCCUUGGAGAUUAUGGACUCGAAAAUGGACAGCGGCUACAUUGCCCCUGGAGAAAACCAAGCGCAGGCGCUGGAGGAUGACUACGAUGUGCGGCGCGAGCUGACACCCGCGGAGGUCGUGGGACUGAUGGAUGAGUUGCUCUGCCAUGAGAUGGCAUGGCAUAUGGGCCAUCCGUUGUCGCAGACACUCUUCACAUCCAUCUACCUCGAUAAACUCCUGUGGCCGGUGCCUAAGACCGUCGAAGAUGCCCGAUUCGAUCGCACCCGGCCCGCAACCGAUCUACCGCUGGUGAACCUGGUCCUCCGAGCUUAUUGUUUGGCGCUGGUCAAGGCUUGCGACUUUGUCCAUUCUCGAGUGGCGGCCGAAUAUUUCUUUGAGGAAGAAGACUUUGUUACCCAGCUUUACAACCGGAACCUUUUGAGUGUAUUUGACCCGUCGAAUUUUGAGCAACUGUUGGACCAGGCGAUUGAUUGGAUUGAUAAAGAAGCUGAGAUGGAGGAGAAGCUCCGGGAUGCGAUUCGGUGCCGAUUAGUUUUCCGCCGCGAAUUUCUGUUAGCACUAGACCAGGAUCUGGAUGUCCUAGAGAGCCGCUCGACUGUGAAUUUUGUGUCGUGUGUCUCGCAAUUGCAACUUCUAACCGAGACGGUGUGUUUGGGGAAGUCAGUACCAGAGGCGUUCAGCCUGAAGAUCCAGCGGAAGCUCGCCAGCACGGUGCCUCCUCGACCAAUCGUGCACAUCAGCCACGAAGAUGCGUUAGCUCAUCUGAAACGACUCUGUCAGGAUGCUAUUGAUAUGCAGCAUAUGCUCGACUACCACGGUCCGAGCAACUUCAAGACUGCUGUGUGGACACUAUUAUCCCGCAAACCACAGGCGUCGGUUUACAUCCGCUGUCUCCUUCAGGCCCUGAUUAUCAGUGACAUGACAAUCCUGGGAGCGGUCUCCGUCAAGCAAUUCCUGUAUGAUGACAUCGCAGAGCUUGUCUUGCCAUCCAGCAUCCUGCUGCAGGCCAGCACGGACGAAGUUGAAUUGCCCUCUGAUCCUCGGUUUCAAAUCGCCCAGCACAUGGAAGGAUUUGUGAAGCGAUUUGCUCAGCCAUUCGUGGACACCGUACGAUGUGCCUGUCUCAACCGCUGUCGCAUUCGCAGGACACUCUGCCACACCGUGGUGGAUUGGGAUAACCUGCAAAUGGAGGCCGAAGAGCUCGACGUUCGGCUCCGCGCCCUGACAUCCGAACGACCCAUUUCGCUCCCAAGCGGCGAACCAGCCUUUUCCUACCCGCUCAGCAGCUGGGUGUAUCACCAGAAACUGAUACAGCUUCGGCUCGUCCUCCAAAUGGGAUUCGAGCUGUCCAUUUACUCCCCCGAGGAGCUUCCGGGCAUGUACUGGUACCUGUCCCAUAUCUGUACCACCCACCUGAGUCAUCUCGACCGAAUCCGCACAUUCACCGUCGCCGCCCGCAAACGCGAUCUGAUGGCCACCAGUAGCCGCCCGGGCACUUCCUCUCAACCAUCUUCUGCCUUCCACCAAUCAUUCCGCAGUCUCGAGAGACUGACUACUCACCUGAUUGCCAUCGAUGCAUUUUCUAUCGCACUGCAUGCACUAUAUGUGCUGCUGGCACGCCACCAGCUUCUAUCGCCUGCUUCCUCUCCGCAAGCAUACUCGAGCGAGAAACUACGCUACGAGCUUCGCAUGAAGCCUUUUAUCCCGGUGUCUCUCCCUGAGCUGGUCCCUUACCAAGAAUUCCACAAGGAAGCCAACCUGGAGGGUGAUUCGGACGUGACUGUUCUGGAGCGUGCCUCCAAUGCCAUCACGGAGGCCCGCCGGGCGUGGGAAGCCACCCUCGCCAACGGCGCAUUUAUUGAGGAUCCUUCGUCCCGGACUCCGAUGCCUUCUACGGCAAUUGAAGAGGACUGGAAACGCGACGUCAAGGAUACCAUGCGCGCGUGUAUUGGAGCGAGCCUGGCUAUUGAGACGAUCAAGAAGGCGCUCUCGGGCCAGACCGAGAUGGCGACGCUGGAAGUGGCCAUCCCUGACGCGGGCUCCAAGACCCGAUGGCAUGACUGGUGGGCGGUGCCGCAGGUUAGAGAGAAGAAGAGGAAGUAG